AAUCCAGCAUCUUGGAAACCUGGGAGAUCCUCAGCAGCCACACCGACGCUGGAGGGGGCGUGGAGACGCGAGCGCGUUUAGAAGCUUCGCGAGACAAAUCAAAGCCCCUUGCAGCUGGAAAUUUAGAGCCAGCCCUUAAUUUCUUCUUCGGCUUCUUCUUGGCACACCCUUCCUACCCCCCUCCCCUUUCCCACCCGAAAAAGAGAGAGAUGCGUGCGGCAGGCUUGAGAAAGAGCUAUUGAGUCUGGCAGCAGACCUGAAUAGCAUCUCUACUCACGAUUUGGAUGCGGCGUUUACUUGCCGGCUUUGGAUUAGAGCCGCUCGGGUAGCGACCGAGCAAUAAAGAAGCCAUUGCGCUUCUCUUCCCUUGCCUCCGCGCUCCCUCCAGUUUGAAGGGCGGGGGACCACGGGAGGGUUGCGGGGAAAGUUGCAACUCGCUUGGGGCAGGGAGGUGGGGUGGGAAGGGAACGCGGGGCGAUGCCUUCUGAGCCAGUGCUGCUGCAGCAGCCGGGGAGAGAGGUCUUGUCUGUGGCCAGGAGGGGCAGAGCCCUUUGGGCAGCAGCACUAGUCGGGUCCGACUGAAAUAGGAGGAGGAGGAGGAGGAGGAAGAGGAAGAAGAAGCGGCAUCAUGAAGUCUUUACUUCUCUGGGCCCCGGCGGAGCUUCUAGUCUGGGGGUCUUUAUUCAUCUGCAUUGCUGUAUCAGAAGACACCAGUACUGAAGGCCUGAGUUCAACUUCUUUAGUUGACUUUUCAGCCACAUCCCAUUUAGAAUCUCUGGAUUCCAGUGAGCAGAACAACUUGGAGGUAUCUGAGUCAGACCUUGUCCCCAGUGCCCUGCAAGCUGCUCCUGGCUCAGGCUUUUCCAGUGAGGAAAAUGAAGAUUCUAAGGUCCUUCAAUCCCAGUAUAUUUGGGAUGAUGGUGGAGACAUCAAUGACUCCAGCUUGUAUGUGGGGCCAGCAUCAGAUUACAGUUUUCCACUUGCCUCCCAGAAAGCCUUGCCUAAAGAAAAUGGAGCACAUGUCAGAGAACCUCAAGAAGGCCCCACUUUCCAUCAUUCCUCAGAUCUUAUCAAGCCUGACUCUCAAGCACCUUCCACCAGCAUCCUAGAGGAAGAGGAAGGAUUGCUUCCUAUCAACCAGUCAAAGGGAGCUUCUCAGAGCAGCCAAAUAGAGAAAGUUACUUUUUCUGAAGCACCUGGGCAGGAUUCAUUGUUUUCUAUCCUCUUUUCCACAGUAGCUAGCAGAACAGAUCCAGUAACUGAUGUGGUUACAGAAAAACAAGAGGAAGAAUCUGUUCCUGAGCAUGCUUCCUCUGGUUUUGACUUAGGGAGCAGCAUGGGACCUAGUGUCUUGCCCCUUUCCCCCAUUUUAACAGCCACUACAAAAGGACCCCAGCCUGUGUCAGAGGGCCCUUUCAAAUUUACUUCAGAAAGUGCAGUAUUUACAGUGGGAACAGAAGGGGAGGUGGUAAAGACUCUAACAACUAUAGCUACAGUGGGAUCUGAAGUGGACACCACAAUAAGUAGGGAAAGCCCAAACCCCUUAACUGGAAUCAGACAGGCCAUUUCCAUAGCAGAGACAGAGGCCAUAGAGACCACAGAAAUGGCUGAAGUGGAGCAGACAGGGGAAGAUCUUCUAAUAACAGGAUCUCAUGGGGACAGCACACAAGUAACUGACACCAUUUCCAGGACUCCUAACAGCCCAUCAAGCCCCAGCUCUUCAGUGGGUUUCUGGGACUGGACUGAUGAGCCUGCUCCUACCUCCACCCCCAUUCACAAUAUUACAAAGCUUGCAGUUACAGCAACUGCUGUGACAGAACCCAGCUUUGCACCACAAACCGGAGAUGUCCGCAUGGCUGGGCUUCCCACAGGAGUGCCCUGGAGUCUGACACAGGUUACCUGUAAGGACUGGAGCAAUCUGGCAAGCAAAAACUACAUAAUCCUGAAUAUGUCAGACAACAUCGACUGUGAGGAGUUCCGCAUGGAGAGAGGCCUCCAGUUGCUGGCACUGGUGGAGGAUGCUUUCUCCAGGUAUGAAAAUGGAUUCCAGGCCCAGUGGUUGAUCUCCCUAAGCAAACCCAAUGAGAACGACAAACAUCUGCUGAUGACUUUGGCAGGAGAACAUGGGGUUGUUCCAACAAAUGAUGUUCUCCUGGCGCUAGGUGGCAUACGUAGGAGCCUAACUGAGAUUGGAAUCCAGAACUAUACAACUACAUCAAGUUGCCAGUCGCGUCCUAGCCAAAGCCACAGUGAUUAUGGGAAGCUCUUUGUGGUGUUAGUCAUUAUUGGCUCCAUCUGUGUUAUCAUCAUUAUAAUGGGACUGAUCUACAACUGCUGGCAGAGGCGCCUUCCCAAGAUGAAGAAUAUGUCACAUGGUGAAGAGUUACGAUUUGUUGAGAAUGGAUGCCAUGACAAUCCCACCUUGGAUGUAGCCAGUGAUAGCCAAUCAGAAAUGCAAGAAAAGAAGCCAAGUGUAAAUGGUGGUGGAGCCGUUAAUGGACCAGAGAGCUGGAAUGUUCUCAUCAACAAGCGGGCGGGUGAAGAGGGAGAGGUAUUUGAGGAGGAUACACACCUUUAAAAGAGAAGACCACAUACCUGAAUACACUCCUUCUUGACUUAUGGGCCAUAUGGUGAGGGUGGCUCCUCAGGAAAUUAUUUUUCAGGUUUGGAAUAGAUCUGCCCAUCAUGGUCCUGAGGCACCAUCACAGUCCUGGAGCCAGAAGGGUAACCCUGUGCAGAGGGAUGGGGGGUGGGGAGUGUUUGUGUGUUGCUGUCAGUAGCGCCAAUGCUUUAAUUACUUUUAAAUGCACUCGCUCUAGUUCUUUGGUAGAAGUGGAGAAUGGCCAGGUCUGGAAAAUGAAUGGUAAUCAAUGCUUAUUGUUGCAAUAUUGAAGUUUACUACAAUAUUCAUCAUGGAGACAGUAGGCCAGUUUCAUACAGUAAGAGCUCUGUUCACAAUCUGUCUCAGGUGCAAUAGAAGUAAUGUGGUAAAACUCUGCAUAUUUCUUACCUAAGCUUGUGGUGUGGUUUAUUAAGACAGUCUUGCAAUUUGGCACCCAUUCUGUUGGCCAGUAUGAGAAACUGAACCUUACAGUGAGUGGCUUGAUGGACUUUCUACUCAAGCUGCCACGUGGAACAUAAAUAUGACUGAGCAAAUGUAUCUUUUUGUGGGCUGAGAUUUUUUUUAAACUUCUCUGUAAGGUUGUGUUUAGGCAAGCAAAUAUAUUGUAUACAGGUACCAGAUAUUUAAUAGUGUCCUAAUUCCAGUUACUAAAUGAUAGGUUGCAUUAUCCCCUUACCUUUGCAGUAGAAGCUCCUUUUGAGGAUCUAAAACUCUUCAUGGAAAUAGCAUAAUUUGACCUGGCCCUGAACUGAUCUAGGCUGGUUGGUCUGAAUUGAGAGGACUGCUUUCCUAAUAAAGAAUGAAUUUCUGAUAUCACCUGAAUAAGACCUCCUGAACACCUAGAGAAGUCUAGAUAGGGGGAAAAAAUGAGCCUGGAAGGUCAUGGUCAUUUCAGUUACUGUACUUAUUAUAACAGUAAGAGUGAUUACUGCUUCUAAUCUUGAAUGAAUCAGAUGGAAAACCCCACACCUGUUUGUGUACCUGUAAAUUUUGAUUUAACUCCAGCUUGCUAGAGUUAGUAUAUUGUUUAGCUCCUUAAUACACUUGAGAUCAGAUUUAGAUCCUUGAGCUCCCUUAUUAAUGCUUUUUUGACAUGACUUGGACAAGCCAAAAUUUUCCAGGCUUCUCUGGAGGCUAUUUAUUAAGAAGCACUUACAUAUACAGAAUAUUCAGUUCUGCUGAUUGGUCUGAGAUAGUUUCCCCAGAAUGCUACCCCAUCACACACAUCCCAUGGUUUGUGUCACUUUGAAAAACAAGAACACUUGCUUAAUGAUUGCAUAUCUAGCUGAACUGUAAGUUCCCAUUAAUACUUGCUUUUGAAGAGAAUCAUUACACAUAAAAGAUUUGUGUAUAAUUAAUAAGGACUGACAGUGAGUUGUAACUAAAAUCUGUUGGCAUCUAAUCUGUAGCUCACUCUGAGCACUGAAAUCUGAUCUCCACAAGACACAAAGCAAUCUUGUCAGCACAGUUUAAUUUCAUAUAUAAAUAUAGAAGUACUGCAUAAAUGUCACCUUUAGACAGUGUUGUAAAGACAUGUGUUUUUUUUUUAAAUUGCACUUAUGUAAAGUAAAUAAUUUCCUAGCAAAAUUUCAGUUGCUUUAGUCAACUUAUAUGAACAUUUCAGGAUCGCAUUUUCCUUCCUAUGGGGAAACAUAGGCCAUUUGAACUAUCCCUGAUAUAUGCUAUUUUUCCACAACCUUCCUUGUUCAUUUGCUUUAUUGAGUGAAGCUUACUCCAUUCCUGCUUUUUUCAUCUGUAUAGGUUAUGGGGAGCUGUUAGUCUCAAUCUUCUUUGCAGUAGUUCUUUACUUGCUUAGUUUUUUAAAAAUGCAGCCAUAUUCCAUUUCCAUCAUUCUGUUUAUCUCCUAACUUUGUUUUAGUAUUCAGUUUGAUUAUUAAUUGCUCCAUUACCAAAUCAUUAUAUAGAAUGUGUGUUGCUACUAUGCAACAAAUAGCCUUUCAUCUUUGGGUAGAACAUGGACAUUGAAAUGACCCUGUUCUAUAUUAAUUAUGGAGGCAGAAUGUACAAUUAAGCAAAAGGAUAAAAUUAUGGGAAGGGGGGUAGCCUAGCAGUAAAGCAUCUGCUUUGCAUGCAGAAGGUCCAGGUUCAGUCCCCUCUUUCACCAGGUAGGGCUUGGAAAGGCCUGAAAGAGUGCUGUCAGUGAGUGCCAACAGUACUGGCCACAUCAACCAGUGGUCUGACACUGUAUAAGGCAGCGUCGAUGUUCCUAUUUUUCAUGGACAUAUCUUGUACAUACACAAACUUUCACAGUGAAAAAGACACUAACUCCAGUUUGUAUUCCAUAUAACGAAUAAAUCAGAUACAGGAAACUUACUCAUAAUGCUUUCAAGGCUGCCAGUGAAUGUUAAAGUGGCCAAAGUAAGUCUGUAUAAAUAUAAUUCACCCAAAAGAUAAUAGGGUGUCAUUUUUUAAUUCUCAAAUUUGCUCCUUCACAUAGCCUUUUCUGUGCUUAACCUGUGGCCUUUCUUGUUCAUCUUGCAGACGAGUGGGGAAUCAAAAUAAGCAUCAGUGCAAAUGCUGUGUGGCUUUGCGGAUUGAAUAUACUGAAGUUAGGAUCAAAUAAGGCUCUUGAAUAAGGUAGAGGCAGUGGAAAUAAACUAUACUUCUGUAUCCCCAACUAUUAAUAACUAAUUGACUGCAUUUCCAGAGCUCUCUCCUUUCUUUUUAUUUCUUUCUCUCUUGUGGACUUUGUACUUCUGGUAAAUCAUUCUGUUCUUUCUUGGAGAGUCCUUUGUCAUCACACAGACAUCACUUUGCAUCCUCCUCUCGUUUCUCUAGUUUGCAGCUGUGUUUGCCUUUAGGAUUAGAAUGCACCCAUUUUAUGAAUGCCAAAUUGGAAUCUCACUGACCCAAACCUACUUGCAUGCGUCAUAGUGUUCUACUACUAUUAUAAUGCUCAGAAAUAGAAUUCAUUUCACACUUCUAAGCCAGAGCAUGUUUAGGGACAAGGGCGGGUGGGCAGGCCUCAUAUAUACAUAUAUAUACACACACACACAUACUUUCUAGAAGCUUUUGUGUCCACAUAGUUGCUGUAUAUUUCAUUAAAAGUUAGGGCCAUUAUUCACAAAAUGGCCACCACAGGCACUUUGGUUUAAAUUACGCCUGAUGGUGGAUGUUCAUGAGGGAUCAUCUUCAUGUCAUGCUAAUAUAUAUUUAUUUGUGAAAAACUGUGAUGGCAUGGCAUAAAUCUCCUGAUCUAUGUUCAAUUGCUUCAUGCAGACAACUUGACAAGUGAAGACAAUUAUUACAAGAGGAGAUUUAAAGUGGUUUUCAUAUGGUUGCCAUUGGGUGUGCUCCAACUUGCUUUAGUAAUACAAUGUGUUGGCUAUUUAAUUCAGAACUUUCUAAUAACGUUACAUGCACAGCAGUAAAACCAUCCUGACUACCAUAUCCUUUAAUUAAUUUGGAUUAAGUUAUAGUUAUAGCAUUAAAUAAUUUAUUGAUAAUGUACUGGCUUCUCUAACUCAAGUUUAUACACCAACAAAACACAGAGAUGGCAAGGGAGAAAGUGAGCAGUUUAUAAAAUAAAGUACAGUUUAUAGAUUAUACACAUGGACAGAUUAACCCUAAUCAUUAAACCGUUAAGACUGUUUAUCACAUGAAAAAACCAUUGUGUGAUGAUGAUUCCCAGACAUUUUCAGUGGUGAUAUUUGUAUUUAACAAUAAUGUGUGUGCAUGGUUGUUAACUGACCAUCUGGAGAUGCAUCUUCAAGGAAGCCAUUUUUCACAAAAUAGAUUCUCAUGUCUUAAAUUCUUAACUGUCAUAUUAGUAAACAGGUUUUGUGCUUAUUCUGCUUUUUUAAAAAUUUAACAUCUGACCAUGUAAUAGCCAAAUCAAUUUCUUCUAAAUAGGCAGGCAGAUGAAAGGAAAUUAAAGGGGUCUUUAGCAACCAGUACAAUCAAUCUUUGAAAACCUUUGUCUUGAAUGAACAAGAAAUUUUGGGUAUGAUCAAAUCAAUGUUUUAUCUUAUGUCUCUUUAUUUGUCUAUCUAUACUUUGAAUGAAAAUUGAAAAAUUGAUUGGAGAUCUGUUACACUUGUGUAGUUUUUAAAAAACUGUGUUGUUGUUAAUUUGAUCAAUAAGAAUUAGCAUUAAGGGUACUUCCAGAUGAGGUUUUUGUCAUAAAACCACUGUCAGUGAUUCAUAGAAUUCUAUAGAAGGUCCAGAUGACAUUAGAUUCCUUUGAUAACCAGCCUCUGUUUUCCUACCAUUCAGGUUUUUUUCUUUCCACAAAAUAUAUAUAUUAAGGAUGAAAAGAGAAAAUAGCUGUACAAUUUAUUUUGACUGGUAGAUCUAUGAGCUUUCCAGCUGGAAGCACCCCCUGUCUAAAUUAUCAACCUUGCAAGCACUGAAGGGACACAAUUUUCUCUCUGGCAAAAUGCAUUUAUGAGGCCAUCUUUGCCAUAUAUGUUGAGGUACACUGACCUCUGGUGGUACCUGUGAAGAACAGGCUCAUGGAAAACUAAUGGAUUUGUCCCUCAUUACCACCACCCUGCAUAGCCCCCUAAAAAUACCAUGGUUUAAAUACCAACAGUUAAUUGACAAAAAUUGAUCAUUUUGUAGUGUUUAUCAUUUUAAAGCCACUUGCAGAAGAAAAGUAAUGGAAUAAAAGACAAGGUAGGGACUGGAUUCUGCCAGUGUAUGGGAAAGCUGUUUUGUUAUUAUCAGGGAAGUCUACUUGUUUGAAAACUAGGUUGCUGAGUUUAGCAGUAUAUUGUUCCUGGCAAGUUGUAUCCAACAGUGAAAUAAAUAUAGAAUCAGUACAUUUCUGGAAUGAAUAAAUAAAUGUGGAAAAAUACAUUUCUGGUGGAUAGGGGCUUCAGUAAUGAAAGAAGAAGGGAAAAAACUGGUGCUUUGAGAAUAGGAAAGAUCAAGUAUAUUCCAAGUGAAUGGAAGAAAACAGAAUAACACUUCUGAAGUAUGACUUGUGGGUAAUGUGAUGAUAGAGUUGGAAUAGUUGAUCAAAUGAUUACUUUUUUCUUACCUUGAAUUCUCAGUAGACUUGUAAUGUUUCACUGUAUCACUAAUUGUAUGAAAAAGUAGUUACAUGUUUAAUUGUUACAGAUAUAAAAUUACCAGCUUCUUUUGCGGGUGUGACAGUGUGCAAGGUUUUGAACAAUGCAAAAUUCUUAAGGCACAGUCCUAUGCAUGUUUAGAGUUGCAAGCCCUGCAAUUCCCAUGCUUGGAACUAUUGGAUUUUUCCCUUCUAAGCACGCAUAGGAUUUUACACUUAAACAAUUAGACCAAUAAUCUCAGAAGACUUGCUGCAACUGCUUUCUGAUUUAACUGACAGCCAUGCUAAAUAGAAAACUAAACUCUAAGUCUUCUGUGUUCACCAUUUAAACUCAAUUUUUUGGAUAUGCCAGGUCUAGGUUUCCUUACAAGGAGACUAUUGAAUAAAUUGAAGAACUUAACAAUGUGUUUUCAAUCAGCAGAGUAAUCGGCAAGGUGCCUAUCAACUGGAAUAGACUUUCAGUGAAGGUUGCUGGUUUGAGCAAGAUGUCCAAAGAGGGAUUGGGCUAGUGUCCAGAUUAUAUACUUGUUAAUAGCAAGAUAAUAGGUUAUAUCUGUUAUAUCUAACAGUACUGACACACAGGGUUCUCAUAAUAAGCUGGUUCUAACAAAAACAAAGUGCAAGCUUCUCACCUUAGCAAAUUUAGCUGUAGCUAAGCAGCCUACUAAUAAGCAAGGUUACAGGGAGGGCUGGCAGAUUCCCUCAGGCAUCACAUCUAGUUGAAAUGUAAGCUAGUUAGAUACUGGAAUGGAGAGCUUGUUAUUAUCUCUGACAGCAAACACCUGCUUGGUGUUUCCUAUGAGGCUGAGUGUAUCGUGAUGUCCAUCUUCCCUAGGCAAGAUGAAGAAUACUGAUAUCCGGGACAUAUGCUAACAUAGCUAACUCCUAAUGGCAGUUUGAGCUUCCAAAUAUAUAACAGGCAAACCAUGGUUUAGACAGUGUGUCUGUUCUUGUUUCCCAUCUGCUCCACAUGCAGCUUUUAAAGCUCACAAGCUCGUUCCUGUCUAUAAUAGAGCUCCUGUCUAGGGAAAGAAAAAUGGCCUUAAGUGGUUUGUUAGCAAAGUCAGACAUGAAGGCAAACUGCAUUCAGCACAAAAUCCAGUUAACAAACCAGCUUCCCAAGGUUGUUUAAUAUACAGCCCAUCACAAGCCAUGAUUUGUUAACCGUUUUCAGUCAUACCCCAAAUUAGCAUUAUGUAUGAGUACUGCUGUAUUUCAAAGCAUUGCACUUGAAAUCUGCUGUUGUUUACCGUCUUGUCAACAGCAAUGUGCCCUGAUGGCAAAAGAAGCUGCUCACAGUUAUACUUGGCACUGAAGAAGAAAACUAAGAGCCAAACCCAAAUUCCUCUAAGAUGAAUAUGAAUAUAUUUUAGUUUUCUUUAGAUUAAAACAUAACACCUACAUAUCUUGACACUCUUUCAGAUGUAUGACUGCUUGUCUGAUUGCAUCUUCUAAGAUUCUUUUAUUCACUUUCCACAUACAUAUAUGUAAGAUUUAUUCUUUGUCACUAAAUAUGGUGGUUUCAAUUUCAGCAAAUUCUCAAUUAUGGCAUUAUUGCUUUAAAACUUUUUAAAGUACAUACUUGGUGGGGUAGGAAGAUGCCUAGUGGGUCAGGUAAUAUUGCAUUUUAUGAAUUGGAUCCAAUAGGCUUACUGAAAUAGGUCCAUUCUAAAUAUGAUUAAGAUAUAGUAAAGUCUAAUAUCAAAAGCCAUUGUAAGGCCUUUGAGAUGUUCUUAUUUGGCUUCUGUACCUUCUGUACUAACUUCUCAAUGGGAUUUUCCUUGACAAAAGCCCAUCUUGAUCAUUGGAUGCUAGUGACAUUCACAAAAAUCUUUCUCUUCCUGACUUUUGUCAGACUUGGGUUCCCCCCCCACCGCAACUUUUUUGGAAAUGGGGGUUAACUUGUAAGGUAGUUAAAUGAUAUGAACAAAUAUGUUAAAAGCAUCCAGAUGGCUCAGUUCAGCCUGUUCUUAAACUAGCUUAGUGGUGUUCUGCAGUUAAUCAAAUUUCUCCUAAGGGCCAGUGUUCUUGAAGAUCCAUUUCCAGCAUGACAAAUUAUCCAGGAGAAAUAAUAUAUGAGCUGGAACACAGUGCAACACCUUCAGCCAUCUGAAGCUGUGGAACAGAAUAUGAACUGUUUCUACCUCCACCUUCUCCCCUUUCAAUCCUACGACCUACCUUCUCUUCAGUAUCCUGCUCUGAAGGAUGUGUUACGAGAACAAGGCAUUGGUAUGGAAGUGGUCCUGGGGAAUGCAGAGCAGUUGGACUAGCAGCGCUCUGGGGAGGGCCAUGUUGACCACUCUCCUGCUGCAGCAGGAAAGCUCCAGGCAUGACACCUCCAAGAGCCUACCCAUCUACUGCCUUGUUCCAAUGGAUCUUCACAGUAAACCCUUGAGUACCCAGUGCUCUGAGCCCUGUUUUGCUGCAGUUUUUGCCACAAGGAGAGUGGUCAGUGCUCAUUUGCAGAGUGGCAUUGCACCUAUGCAUUACUCAGAUUGAGGCCAAUGGCAGGCAGUGAUACCUGUUCUGGAAUGCUCCAACAGCUGCUUUCCUGCUGCCUUUUUUUCUGCAACAGGACCAUGGCCAGCAGAGAUUUUUGAAGUUGUUACCUGCCCUAUGCUCACUUUAGGAGGCACAGAGCACCAGCGGCAUCAGAACCUACACACUCCCAGCAACAGGACACACAGAAUCCACUGCCCUUCCAGAUGUGCCCAUGAGGCAGGUUCACCCCGCCUCGUGGAAGGGCCAGCCCUGUGUAGGAUAUCCCACAUAAAGUGACCAGUCCUUACAAAAAGUCUUAAGAAAGUUAAGCCUGUGACUGGUCUAUACCAGUUCAGACUGCUGGUGGGGACAUGAUGGAAUGGCUUCCCAUGGUAGGAAAAACAAAAACAACCCCUGCACCCCUCCCUAUACAUAAAAGACAGGUCAAAAAGUGGACUUUUAGAACAUUUGCCCCAGAUAUUAGUAUUCCACAAGCUAAACUUUUAUUUUUAACGUCAUUCCCUACCUGCAGUCCAACAUAAAGCCUGAAUUCACAUAAUGACUCACAGGCACCUUCCUGAGAAUGCAAGUCAUAACCGCAGCUUAUUGUACUAUCUGAACACAAUGGUGAUGAGUUACGUGUGGGUUAAAUAACCCUCACAUAACUCUAAAACAUGCCACAGGUUCUGUGAGCAUGUUUAACCAUUGUGUAAGUCACCCCUGCUGGUUUUGGAUGACAUUUUGAGUAUUUUAAACAGCAGCCUAUUCACACCUCAGCCCACCAUAGAUUAAAUAAGCAACAGUGGGCUGUUUGAACAUGCAAACAGCCCAUAGGCUUACUACCUCAGCCGCAGUUGGUGAGAACUAGACUUUAUGGUAUUUCUAUGUAGGAAAAAAAUAUUUACAUGUACACACUACCAUAUGUAAACAGCAUAUACAUCUAUUUUACCUUGUAUACACUAGUUUGGGAAGUUACGGCCAGACAGCUUUCUGGAGCACUGCAUGUACAUGCAAUGAAGCAGGUGUCCUUUUCAAACAUAUGAUCAUAGGCACUUUUCUUAAAUUUGAGUAAUGCUGUGGAAAGUAAAACUAAACUAAAAGUGAGGAGAAAUAAUAUCAUCUGCCAGUACUCUGUCUUGCACCAGGUUUGGCCAAAAGGACACCACCAAACCAAGGUAUGUCUAGGAUUGCUGCAUGUUGGUGAAGAAGGACCAUAGGGAAGAAGAAAGAGGAUUACAUACAGCUUCACGGGCCACUGUUCUUAACUAAUAUUCUGGUCCAAGAAAUGCGUAGAACACAAGAAGGAACAUUUGGCAACUGUCAGUCUUUAUUGUGGCUAUCUCAUUCUUUGAAAACUAUUGGCUUAGAAGACUUGAGUGAUCUAAUUUAGUGUCUGGUGCAAAAACUUAGUCUCUAUUGAUUGAUCCAGCAACCAGAGGAAUCAUGUGCAUAAAUUGCUGCAAAGAUGCCUCACAGCAGGGCUUUGCCUUGGAUAUUGACAUCUCAUGAAUCACUGAUGAAAAUAAAGCAUUCUCCCUACCCCACCCCCAUGCACAUGCAAUAAAAAUGUUCUCAUCUGAAAACCACAGAUGUGGAGGAAUCUAUUAGUCUUGUCCUUUUGUUACAUGCUUGUGAUGAUAACACUGCUGUUAACCUUACUAUCCUAGUUCUUAGCUAUGUAUAUUGUACAGAUGAUGAGAAUGGAGAGGAUCUCCAGACUACUGCAGUGAUUCCUAAAUGGUGGUCCAGAGUAUAACUGGGCUAUGGCAAUGGGGUGGGGGAGGUUAGCAAAGAACCAGAAAAAAAUGAAUGUAAAGGCUUGGGAAGAAAUUUGUAAAUUGGAAUCAUUUUAUUGGGAUGAACUCAUGAUGAUUGAGGCUGCAAACCUAUAGUUAAUAGGGAAUAAAUUAAAUUGAAUAUAGAUUUGCUUUUGAAGAUUGCACUGUUAGUUUAAAACAUUUGGGAAAUACUGCAUGAUUGCUUCCUUCUCAUCUGAGUCUUAUUUUUCUAAACAGACAUUGGCCUUCAUUUGGAAAGUUUCCUUAAUAUACUACUUUUCUCAGUGGAAGUUUUACACACUGCAAAAUGUGAUGGUUCUAUCUGUCAUUUCACUUGCCAGCAUACAUUCCCUAGUCACCUGUAGCACUUUUUGAAAUAAAGUUUCUGGUUGAAACACAGAG